AUGUCAAACUACGAAACCUACGAUCUCGGAGACUUUACUCUCCAGUCUGGCCAAGUCAUUCCAUCGGCAAAGAUAGCGUAUAAGACUUUUGGAGAUCCUUCGCUACCAGCAAUUAUAUAUCCGACUUGGUACAGUGGACAAUGGACAGAAGAGCAGAAACAAACAGGACUCAAGGCUUUGGGGAGGUNNUUCAUGACCGAUUUCUGGGAAACCUGGGCCCUCUCCAAACACCCCGAAAACAUGUUAACCAUGCUCCACACCUGGCAAUCCGGCGAUUGUUCCGCUCAAGCCCCCUACAACAACGACUUCUCCGCCGCAAUGAAAGCCAUAAAAGCAAAAGCUUUAGUGUUGCCAAGCAAAACAGAUCUCUAUUUCCCGCCUGAGGAUUCAGAGUAUGAGGUCAAGUGUAUGGCAGAGGGAAUUGGUAGACUAGAGGUGUNNUUCCCUAGCAUUUGGGGGCAUUGGGCUGGUGGGCCGGGUCAAAGUAAGGAGGAUGUGGCGUGGUUGGAUGCAAAGCUCAGGGAGUUUUUUGCAGAGUAA